UUUUAUUUAUUCUGUUUGUGUUUUUUCAAGUUUAUUUGUGUUUCUGUUUUUCAAGUUUCUCUGUUUGUAUUUUAUAAUUCUGAUUUUACAAGUUUUGUAUUUCUGUAUUUUAAGUUUCUCCUGUGUGUUUUAUUCAAGUUUUACAUUUAUUCUGACUUUCAUGUUUUAUAUUUCUUCUGUUUUGUGUUUCUCUAUAAUUCUGAUUUUCAAGUUUAUUUGUAUUUCUGUUUUUGUGUUUUACUUUUCAAGUUUGUAUUUUUUUCAAGUUUUGUAUUUAUUCUGGUUUUUAAGUUUAUUGUUUCUAAAUCAGAAUAAGUUUCUUUUUUCAAGUUUAAUUUAUUUUAUAAGGAAAAAAGUUUCAAAACUUGCUAAUAAAAACACACACAACUUUAUGAUCUUUCCACCCUUUUAUUACAGGUGA